AACUUCCGGUCCAGGUCUCCUACCUCAAGCUAGUCCACAGAUUGUGUCGGAGCCGAGCCCUGCGGAUCAGCAUGAUCACAGAUGUGCAGCUCGCCAUCUUUGCCAACAUGCUGGGCGUGUCGCUCUUCCUGCUUGUCGUUCUCUAUCACUACGUGGCCGUCAACAAUCCCAAGAAGCAGGAAUGAAAGUGGCGCUUUCUCCGCCCCAGGGUUUCAGGACAUAGUCUGAGGCAAGAUGGAGGGUGUGAGGGGCCUUCACACUUCACUUCAUCCCUUCUACCCAUCACAACAUACAAAGCAACUACACCUGGAUUUUUCCAAACAACUUUUAUUUCCUCAAAGUCUUCCUUAACCUUAUGGAACAAGAAGCUGCCACUGAAUAGGGCCCAGCAUAGGGCUACUUUAUUUUCUACUCCCUCCCCCCAGUAUAAAAAUAUAGAUUUUU